CGAAUCAACACUUGACAUGUGUUAAAUCCACGAAGGCGCUUGUCUUCGGGGCCCAGUCGUGUGAGCGAGAGAGAUUUGUUUGGAUAGUUUUGUUUCGAAAAACCGCGAGUCUUCUUUGACCUUUGAAGUGGUGUCUGUCUGUCUGUCCCUUCUCACUCUCUUCACUCCGAGCUCACCUUCGCGGCGUUAAAACAAUGGCGGCUCUAGAGAGGAGCGAACGUCGUCUGCGAUGAGGAAUGCUUUCGGGACUGUUCUCUCAGCUCUGAUCCUCGUCCUCAUUGGUGUCCUCGCUUUCUCCAUUCGACUCUUCUCUGUGAGUUAAACUCACGUCUCUGCUCCUUUGAUUUAUUCCAAUAAACUUGGCUCUAGAUCCGACUAUCUUGAAUCCGCCACUGAUCGUUGUAGCUUAAAUGUUGUUGCUGAUUGUUCCAGUAGAGAUAUUUUAUAGUUGUAACUUUUACGUGCAGUCAUAUGAUUCCUCAGAUAUUUGCUUGUCGUAUCUACUUUGAAUUAAGUUAAUUCUUUCUUUUAGUUUUAAUGGUCUUAAUACUUUUGUUUUUCUUUGUGAAGUUGGUUGAUUUCUUUUUCAGGUCAUAAAGUAUGAAAGUGUGAUUAAUGAGUUUGAUCCUUACUUCAACUAUAGAGUCACUCAGGUUCCCUCUCUCUUUUCUUUUAUAUCAGUUUUUUUUUUUUGCUUUGUGGACGAAUCCUCAUGUUAAUUUAUCAUUUGUUGUUUAUUUCAGUUCUUAUCGAAGAAUGGAAUAUACGAGUUCUGGAACUGGUUUGAUGAUCGGACCUGGUAAUUUUAGGACCACAAAUUUGGUCUAUUUUCUUUGCUAUCUUCAAUAUUGUUAUACUUAUUUUGUUAUCUCUUUUGAUUUUACGUAUCCUCUUGGCCGUGUGAUUGGAGGAACUGUUUACCCUGGGUUAACAUUGACUGCUGGAACCAUCUGGUGGUGAGUUUAGUUUCACUGAUAACAGCAAUAAUUUGAUAUACACGUAUGGGUAGUUUGAAUUCAUUAAACAUUCCUCUGUCUGUGGAGACUGUUUGUGUCUUCACUGCUCCCGUAUUUUCAGCUUUUGCAUCUUGGGCAACUUACCUUUUGACCAAGGAAGUUAAGGGCUCCGGUGCAGGACUAGCAGCUGCUGCUUUUUUGGCCAUGGUUCCCUCAUAUAUUUCCCGAUCUGUAGCUGGGAGCUAUGACAACGAAGCUGUUGCCAUUUUUGCUUUGAUUUUCACUUUUUAUCUUUACAUUAAGAUUAGGGUUUUCAUUCAACAACCAACAUCAAGCUUUCUCUUGUUAGUUUUGGUUUGUCUUUGUCGCCAAGUCCUAUUAUAUUUAUUCUUAUCAGUGAUCCUUAUCAUGAAAUUUAUGCAGACUCUAAAUACAUGGUUACAGUCAAGAUUCCUGGUGGGUUCGUAAAAUUUUUGUAAACCUUAUUUGGAUUUGUAAAGGAAAUUCGAAAUAGCAUCAGCUUAAGCUAUCAUAUCAACAUCUAUAUUCAUCCAAACAACGCUCAAACGCUUUCACGUGAAGCUCUGCAUGAUCAUCUAACGUGUUAUAAAUAUUGAUAAGUAACACUCAGCUGCAUUGAUCUUGUUCAUCUUGGUCUUGAGCACCCUAUAUAUAAAAAUUGUUCUUUAAUAUCUGUCACGAUACUUCACGUUUUCGACGUCAUGAUUGCAUUCACCUUGGAAGAUAGUGUCUUGGUUAACCAAUCUGAACCGGCUUUCAUAUUUUAAAUCAUUUGAAAAUAUGAAAAUGCUAUAAGUGAAAAUUAUAAUAUACAUGGAUUCUAUGACUAUGUUAUUUCUUAGAUUUUCUUACCACAACUACGUUUUACGUACUUAUGUGAGUUGUCCUAUUGAGCCUGUAUAUAUGUAUAUUUAUAAUGUGGUUGUUGAGCUAAAAGAAUAGAUAAUUUGGUUAUAUAACUUAUGUUAGUAUAUGUGCAAUUAUUUUCCGCAGGUAUAUAAUAUAUGCUUUGCUCACUCACGAUGGGGAUGCAUUUUCUUUUUUUUUAUUAGGGCAAAAAAAUGUCAAAAUUAGGGAUAAUUUUAUAUGAUUUUCAAAAUUUUGUCAACUAAUAUUAAUACCCACUUACAAAAACUGAUUACGCCUAUCACCAAAUCAUUGUACGCAACCACUUCAAUGGUUUACUGUUUCUUAUAAAAAAGUUUCUAAGAAAUUCAUGUAUAAGAUGAAAUGAUGAUCAGAUUACCCGUUCGUACUGUAUUAUGAUUCGUAUAACAUUGAGUAUAUUUUUUUUUGUAAUUUAACAUUGAAAAGAAAUAUAUUUUACAAGUACUGUAGACUCUGUAGUACAUAUCUUGAAGACUUGAAAUGUAGUACAUAGAUACGGAUUUCACAAGAUGGAGAAGUAAUUCUUUUUUUGAACUUUUGCUUAGAUGUAGAAGUUAAUUAAGUACGUGGACUUGUGUAAACUAGGCAUGCUUCAGCGUUAUUAUAAGGACAUGGCUCCAAGCGAAAAGCACGUCUCUUUGAAAAUAAAAGUCAUGAUACUGCAACAUAAAUUUAAAUAUUUUUACGUACGUUAAAAAAAGUCAAAUGCUUAAAAAAAGAAGUCAAAUGCUUAAAAGCCAAGAAAAUGCCAAUAGUAUACAAAUGCUGUUUAAAUAUUUUAGCUUUUGUUUUCCACCAAGUAAAUGCUAAUCGUCAAAAUAAAAUAAUUUAGCAGUAUAUAUUAUCAUCAGUUACUUUGGGUAUUAUUUAACAACAUAUGUACACAUACAUAGAAAUUGCUUUGGAAGCUAUUUUGCAUGGAAAAUAAAUAUUUUCUUCUUUUUUCACAAAAUCUUGUUUUAGAUUUUUUUGUUUGUUUCAAAAUAUUGUGUUCUUAUAAAUACGGCUUCUCAAACUAAUUUUCACAUUACAUUUUUACCUAAAACUAAUAACUUUGUAUUAUUCUCAUAUUAAAUAAUUAUGGAUGUAUUAAACAUAGGCAUAUUAAUAAACUUGAAAGUUUCUUAAUAUAUAUAUAUAUAAUAUAUGUAUAUAUAUAUGUAUGUAUGAGAUGUGGCAACACGCCAUUUUUGUAAAUUGGAGGAAGUAUAUGACUAACAAAUAUAUUUUAAAAGUCAAACAUAUCAACCACUAAAAGUCAAACAUUUGUAAAUGGAAAUACAAAGUCAACAGCAAUUGAUCUUGGGAUAGCAUCAUCAAUGAUGUAUAAUAUGUACCCAGAGACAUGUUCGGGUGUUUGAGGGCAAGACAAGAUCAAGUGAAAGACAGCUUUCCUCUCCUAAUUGAAUGACAUGUUUAUAUGUUACAAAAAAGAAUGACAGAUUUAUUGAGACAAAUUCAAAUCCAUGUAACAAGUAGCAAUGACUCGAACUCUCGAAGAAACAAAAUAAAACAUACAACGACUCUUCGUUGAUAACAAAAUAUAUAAGGUAGUUAUUGUUGACAACAAAACUUCUAAUGUCUUCCAUCUACCUCUAACGUGGAUUACUUACUCUAAAUUCUAGGUUUUCUUCGUUCGUCUUCUUAUUACUGUUGGUGCUUAGUUACAAUGGUAUAUCAUAGAGGGGGGGACCAUAGGAAAGAUAAAUAUAUGUUUGAAGUAACAAAAGCUACUUGAACGAUCUUGAAUUCAUAAUUUAAUGAGAGAGGGAUGUAUCAUCUUAAAAAAUAAUGAUAAUUAUUACUGAGAUAAGCAAUGAUAUUUUUGUAUACUUAUACAUAUAUAUAUAUAUAAUCUUAGAAUCUCAAGUUGAGAAACUUUCAUUGGAGGUGAGGUGCUCUGAUGGUGAUAAAUGUUAAGGAUAUCGAUUACAUUUCACUAAGUAUAAACACACAUAGGUACCUUAGAAAAUUAAGUAUCUAGUUAAAAAUUAUAUAUGUUACCGAUAUCGAUUACAUUUCACCAUGUAUAAAAGUAAAAACACAUAGGUAAUUUAGAAAAUAAAGUAUAUAUUUAAAAAUAUAUACUUAAACCAAAAGUUUGAUUAAGGGUUAAUUAAUAUUUCUAUACUAUUAGGUCUGAGUUUUGAGUGAAGAGAAAACGAAUUAUGCAAAUUAAUGGAAAAAAACUAUAAGAGAUUUUUAUCAUGGUGCAAGAAAUACUGUGAAAGUGUGGAUCCCAUAGGACAACUCAGAGUGCUAAAAAUGGUGCAGUAAUCCUCAUAAAGAAAAAUUGUCGGAUUUAAAAUCACAUGUAAUAUUUCUCAUAGUUUGUAAUAACAUAAUUAACUUGUCUUUAAAAAAAAAACUAAAAGGAAAUAUGUAUAUAUUAAAAAGAUAAAUUAAAACCUAGUAACUAAGAUGAUCACAAUAAAUUAUAAAUCUUUGCUAUAUAUGAGAUAUAAUAUGUUUAUAAAACAUAAUUGGUGUAUAUCUAGAUGACUAGCUCAUGUGUAUAUCAAACAGUUUAAUUUAUAUACAUUGUUUGGCAAUCGUUGAUGAGUUCGUUCCCCACAGGAGAAAUCUCAAGAAAAUGAGAAACGAACACAAGCCUCAGAAUGAUGAUGUAUUUUGGAUAUGAGAUUGUCGGAAACCUAACAUAGAAAAAAUUCAUGAUAAGGGUAUCCCGUGUGUAUGCUAUUUAACGGUAAAACAAAGAUAAGAGAGGUUUCAAUAAAAGAAGAAAAUAUAACAUUUUAUUAAGACUAUCUCCGAUUUAACUCUAUUUUAUGUAUUUUUAAAAAAAUAGAAUAAUUUUAUUAUAGAUGUAGAUAUGCUUCAAUAGAAGAAGAAAAUACAGAGGAAUGUUACAUUUUUUUAUAUUUUAAAUUACUCUAUUUUAGAGAGAAAAAAAAGAGUUGAAUUAGAUAUGCCCUUAGUAUUGACAUUGUUUUCAUAUGUACCAACUAGUUGAGAAAUAAAUCUUGACACUUAAAUAUGAAGUUGACUAUUUGCAGGUGUCUUAUUAUAUUAUGAGUGAAAAAUUCAAUUCUAACUUUCUUCAUUUUUGAUAUUAUGUGGAUUCAGAUAAACCUUUAAGGUGUGUCUUUGUGGAUGUUUCUGUAACGCCCCGACCGUCCAUAGCUAAUGGAUCACCCACGCCCGCUCUCUCGGCCCGUGAGCCCCAUUCCAUCCGACGGUCGGUCGUUAAUUUUUCCAAAGGCUCGAAAUCAUUGUUUACUGACCCUGCAAUCACCAUCCGACCUUUUCCCAUGCUUUUGCUUCACUCGCACGCUAUCGCGAAUCACUUCCCGAUAAGUCACCCAUCCUUCCACUACUCCAGCUCAAGCACGCUUAACUCUGGAGUUCUUUCGGGAUGUGUUCCGGAAAAGGUAAGUCAACUUUGGUGACAUAGGUAGCCAAAUCAAUUCUCUUAAGCCUUUCUAUAUAUCACAACUCGGGAUGUUACAAUUCACCCCCUCUCAAAGAACGCAACGUCCUCGUUGCGCCCUCCGACAGGUCUCAAGACGCCUCUCAGGUCGGAACUGAGAUGGCUAACCAGCUCUGAUACCACUUGUAACGCCCCGACCGCCCACAGCUAAUGGGCCAUCCACGCCCGCUCUCUCGGCUCGUGAGCCCCAUCCCAUCCGACGGUCGUUAAUUAAUUUUUCCAAAGGCUCGAAAUCAUUGUUUACUGACCCUGCAAUCACCACCCGACCUUUUCCCAUGCUUUGGCCUCACUCGUACGCUAUCGCGAAUCACUUCGCGAUAGGUCACCCAUCCUUCCACUACUCCAGCUCAAGCACGCUUAACUCUGGAGUUCUUUCAGGAUGUAUUCCGGAAAAGGUAAGUCAACUUUGGUGACAUAGGUAGCCAAAUCAAUUCUCUUAAGUCUUUCUAUAUAUCACAACUCGGGAUGUUACAGUUUCAGUAAUAUAACCAGUACGUAAUAUAAUGUCAAUAUGUAAAUUUGGUAUUAUGUGGUUUUUGUUAUACUUCAAUAUAUAUGGCCGGCCUUGAGAUUUUGAAGGCAUGUGGCUGUGUCUAUGUAAAAAAAAAAAUUUAGGAAUCUAUUCAUAUGUAAUUUUUUUUUUAAAAAGUAGAGACCUAUUGCAAAUGUUUCACAAUGCAUUCCUCAGGGCCGGCCCUCAUAUAAGAGUUAUUGAAAACUGAUCAGCACACAUAGAAUAUUGUUUGCGGCUGUAAUCUACAUUAACAAUAUCAGUUUCAGGGGUUACAUACUCCCGCGCAGCUCGGUAUAUAUAAUAUGGACCACUUACACUCCUACAAAUCAUACAUAUUUUUAAAUAUAUAAAAUAAUAAUUCAAACAGCGGCUAUUAAUAAUGUUCCUCAAUUAAAUAACUAUUUGACUUUUUAUUUUAAUUGAAGAAAAUCCACUGCACAUAUAUUUGAACCGUUCUUGUUAAGACGUGGACACGUUUAGGUCUACUUCUGUACUAUAUAUAGAACCAGAAAAGUUAUGCUUCAGACAUCGGCAAAUAAUCUUAUCUACUAACUCAAAACUCGUCUUGUGUUUCAUUUCCCAUAGCAAUGGAAACCUCAAACAUCACCAGUCACACAAAUCUUCUAUCGAAAAUAGACCUAGAAAAGCAAAACCCUAAUCACAUUGUCCCAACAAUCUCUGAGCUUAAAACAGAAGCAAGGUCUCUCUUCUCCUUAGCCUUCCCCACGAUCCUCGCCGCGCUCAUCCUCUAUGCUCGCUCAGCCAUUUCGAUGCUCUUCCUUGGUCAUAUCGGCGAACUAGAACUCGCUGGUGGCUCCUUAGCCAUUGCCUUCGCAAACAUCACUGGAUACUCAGUUCUUGCAGGCCUUGCACUCGGCAUGGACCCACUUUGCUCCCAAGCCUUUGGAGCCGGCAAGCCAACACUCCUCUCAUUAACUCUUCAAAGAACCGUGCUCUUCUUGCUCACUAGCUCCCUUGUAAUCGUCGCUCUAUGGCUCAACCUAGGGAACAUCAUGAUCUCUCUCCAUCAAGAUCCAAGUAUCGCAUCGUUGGCUCAAACAUAUAUCCUAUUCUCUAUUCCUGACUUGCUCACCAACUCUAUUCUUAACCCUCUUCGUAUAUACCUUCGAGCACAAGGCAUCACAAGUCCACUAACUAUUGCAAUGCUCGCCGGCACCAUCUUCCACAUACCGAUGAACUUUCUCCUAGUUUCUUACCUUGGAUUGGGUUUCAUCGGUGUCUCAAUGGCUGCAGCCGCUUCAAAUCUUUUUGUUGUCGUGUUCCUUGUGGCCUACGUUUGGGUCAAAGGUCUACACGAGCCAACGUGGACCCGCCCUAGCUCAGAAUGUUUCAAAGACUGGGGCCCACUGGUUAAUUUGGCAAUACCGAGCUGCGUGGGAGUAUGUCUAGAGUGGUGGUGGUACGAAAUCAUGACCGUUCUUUGUGGUUUACUCAUAAACCCUCAAACUCCAGUUGCAGCUAUGGGCAUUCUUAUCCAAACGACGUCGUUGCUUUACAUUUUCCCAUCGUCUCUAGGGUUCGCAGUCUCUACCCGCGUCGGUAACGAACUUGGGUCAAACCGACCAAACACGGCUAGGUUAUCAGCCAUUGUGGCCGUUACCUUUGCUGGAGUAAUGGGCAUGACGGCCUCUGCGUUUGCUUGGGGAGUAAGCGACGUCUGGGGACGUAUUUUCACUAACGAUUUUGAUAUCAUCCGGCUAACCGCAGCUGCGCUGCCGAUUCUCGGGCUCUGCGAGCUUGGGAACUGCCCGCAAACAGUAGGUUGCGGGGUUGUUAGAGGCACUGCUCGGCCGUCUAAAGCUGCCAACAUAAACCUAGGUGCGUUUUACCUUGUCGGAACGCCUGUAGCUGUUGGGCUAACGUUUUGGGCCGGGUAUGGAUUUUGCGGGCUUUGGAUAGGUCUUUUCGCGGCGCAGAUAUGUUGUGCUGCUAUGAUGCUUUAUGUCGUGGCCACUACAGAUUGGGAGGGAGAAGCGAUGAGAGCUAGAAAGCUUACGUGCAGUGAAAGCGUCGAUGUUGUGAUUACAACGCAAAGUAACGGUGAUUUAACGGAACCAUUAGUUUACGUUGUCACCGUCGCUGCUGACAACUAAUCGAAUGCAUUGGGUUUUCCUAUUCUUUUCUUUUUUUGACUUGGAAUGAUCGUUCCUUUUGGGGUGGGUAUUUUGAUAAUUUGUAAUUUUUUGGUGAGAAAGAAAACGAAAAAUUAUAAUAACUAUUUUUCUCCCCAAAGUAACUUUGUCCUAAUAUAUGUAGUUUUGUAAUGUAUGUCAUUUUGAAAGAAAAAAAGGCAUGUGUAACCGGUUAAUGAUCUAAAAUUCAAAUAAGGAUAAAAAACUAGUUGUACAACGCUUACAUCUCACACUAUAUAAUUAUUUACAGUAGACUAUAUUUCCAACUUUUAAUUUUGAGAUGUUAAAGUUUUUUUUGAUUAAAUUAAAAAAGUUUUUCAUGUCAUGGAUUUGCAACCAAUCAUGUGAAGUCCGAUGAAAAAUAUCACCAAAUACAGUUUUAAAAUUGUUAUCUAAUCGAAAUAAAUAAUUGUUUUAUUAUGCGUCAGAACAUAAGGUAACAUAUAUAAGAUUAAGAAAAAAUAUAUAACAUUUUAAAAUUAACAAUAAAAAUUUAUUUUGAUUAAUUUUUUUUUGUUAAAUUCAUGUCAUGGAUUUGCAACGAAUCAUGUGAAGUCCGAUGCAAAAUAUUACUAAAUUAAGUUUUAAAAUUGUUAUCUAAUCGAAAUAAAUAAUUAUUUUAUUAUGCAUCAGAACCUAAGGUAACAUAUAUAAGAUU